AUCAUAAGAAUAGUAAUACACGUGUGUAUGUCGCCAGGCGGCGCUGUCCCGCGAGCAGUACGUGGUGGCGGCGGCGGUGACGCUCGCGCUGUUCCUGUUGUUCUACGCGUCGUUCGGGGUGCUAGUGCUCAUGCAGCGGUGGCCUCCCUUCGCCAAAUAUGUCUCGCCUAAAGCCGUGCUGGCUGACAUUUAUCGUGCAUUAUUAAAGAAGAAUUGCGUCCCUACUCAUGUCGUCAAUAUUAUUACGUACACAGCCGCAACGUUCGACAGCAGCGACAUCAGCGAUUCAGAUGAAUCGGACGUCGACGGCCCGCAUUCCCGGAACUUGUCCUCGCCCGCCUCCGCCGCGACUCGAGCUGAAGUUCCCGAAAGAAACAGAUCCGUCGGAGAGACGAGCGAUACUCGGGCUCCCGUCGCGGGACCCGAUCGCUCCCCCGACGCGGGGAGGAUCGACACACCAUCAGGAACGGGGACGGGGGACCUCCGGACGCCUGACACCGUGACGAGUGUUCUGUCGAGUCCCGACGGGACGACAAUCGACCCCCCCGAUCCCGGUUCGAGGACGACCGACCCCGGGACUCUCGGCUCCCCGACGAGGGAGGCGCAACCCGGCACGGUCCCGGUCCCCGACGCCGGGAACGAACGGAACGGGCGCGUCGACGUCGACGGAGCGCAGGUCAGUCGUCCACUAGGACAGGACGUAUACGAAAUAGCACCACAGCGGACGUCGUUCGACGUCAACGAAAACUUUUCUACGUAGUCCCGGCUCCGACUGUCGGGGGACGAUCGUCGUUUAAGAUCUCUGUAAUAACAGGGUACGAGCCGAGGAUUUAGCCCCGGGGAGGCGGCACGGCGGCUCCCGUCGGAAGGUCGGUGCGAAUAUCAGUAUCCGGGGAUUAUCAACGUCGUUUCUAAUGUCGGCAUCGGCAUCUGGGGGGGGGGCAUAUGGCGGAGUGAUGACGCGUGUGUGUGUAUGCAGGCGGUGCCGCCGUUCGGUCUGCCGGCGCGGCUGCACGUGGCGGCGCUGUCGCGGCGUCGCGCCCGCGUGUUGCGCGCGCGCGCGGACCGGUACCUCACUUUGCUGCUCACCGUCGCCGUGUUCUACGCGCUGCCCGUGAUGCAGUUCGUCUUCACCUUCCAGAUUUUCCUGAACUUCUCGGGCUCGCUGGACGUGUGCUACUACAACUUCCUGUGCGCGCACCCGGCGGGGCUGGUGUCGGACUUCAACCACGUGUUCUCCAACCUCGGGUACCUGCUGCUGGGCGCGCUCUUCAUGCUGCAGCUGCGCCGCCGCCAGGCGCGACGCGACGCCCGCCCCAGGAACGAGGAGUACGGCAUCCCGGCGCACUACGGGCUGCUGGCGGCGCUGGGCGCGGGCAUGAUGGUGGUGGCGCUGCUCUCCGCCACAUACCACAUCUGCCCCAACAGACUCAACUUCCAGUUCGACACGUCGUUCAUGUACGUGUUGGCGGUGCUGAGCAUGGUGAAGAUCUACCAGUCGCGGCAUCCGGACGUGAACGCGCGCGCGCACGCGACCUUCGGCGUGCUCGCCGUGCUCAUCGCGCUCGUUGUGUGGGGCGUGCUCGGCGGCGGCGCCUUCUUCUGGGGCGUGUUCACGGUCCUGCACGUGUUCACGAUCCUGCUGCUCUCGCUGCACAUAUACUACCUGGGACAGUUCCGAUUCGAGAAGGAUAUAAUCCAGCGCGCGGCGCGGGAGCUGCGCGAGAACCCCGGGCGGGGGCUGCGGCCGCUGUACACCGCCCGCCUCGUGAUGGUGCUACUCGGCAACUCGGCCAACUGGGCCAUCGCCCUCUACGGGUAACGACACACAUACGUACACUGUGCACGCACGACGAGCGAGGGCGUGUCAAAGUCAAAAUAAUCUUUACUAGAAUAGACUUCAUCAUCCUAUAUUUUUUACCCUACCGCUCGUUCAUGACUUCUUUAGGCUGAUAAGAAGAACGAGUAAGAAACUCACCAGCUCUAAUAGAAGUGAUGACAUUAACAAAAACCAUGUCAUUACCAGAUCAAUACAUUAUAAAUAAAGAGAGAGAAAAACGAUUGUCUUAUAAUGAUAACAUAAUGAUUUAAUAGUAAUGACAACAAGAUAAUUUUUGAGUAGAGAAGAAAUUACCUAUCCAGUUGCUGGACUAUCGCAAGUCUAAGCAUUCUUAUCUGUGUCGCAGGUUGUUCCGGCAGAACGAGGACUUCGCUUCGCACCUGCUGUACGUGCUGCUGGGGAACACGCUGCUGUACAUGCGCGGCGGCGUGCUGGGCGCCGGCGCUGUACAUGUUCAGCGCGGGCGCGACGCAGUGGGCGCGCGCGGCGGCGCAGUCGCGGCACCUCAACCACGAGUGCCGCGUGCUGCAGUUCUACGACUCGCACGACCUGUGGCACCUGCUGUCCGCCGUCGCGCUCUACCUCUCCUUCAACGCCAUGCUCACGUGGGACGACGGCCUCAGCGCCGUGCCGCGCACGCAGAUCGCCGUCUUCUAAUAAAUUAUAUACCGC